AUGAAAAUUGCUACCCUUGCUGUGGUUUCUGCCUUUGCGGCUACAGCAAUUGCUGGCCCAAUUCGCCCCGAUGGUGUUGUAAAUGACAAGUUUCUGAUUGAGCUUGGCCCUGGAGAGACUCAAUGGGUUACCAAGCAACAGAAGCAUGAGAUGAGAGCACAUAUUAACUCCAUUUACAAGGCUGGGCAAGGCUUCGUUGAUAUUACAGAUGAGUUUGGCACCGACUUUACUACGGCUGAGGUUGUUCCUGCAAACUACCCAAAGUCUGCUCUUCAUGCGGCCGUCGUAAAUCCUAUGAUCGCUGGUCUGUCUAAGGAGAACCUUAUGCGCGAUCUUAACACCCUAGUGAAAUUCAACAACCGCUACUACGAGUCACCCACAGGCGUUGAAUCCGCUACCUGGGUCUUUAACGAAGUCCAGAAGAUUAUCCAAGCCUCUGGUGUUAAGGGAGCCAAAGUUGAGAAAUUUACCAACAAGUUCAAGCAAUUUAGCGUCAUUGCUACUAUUCCCGGGGCCUCUAAGAAUACUGUCAUCGUUGGAGCCCACCAGGAUAGUAUCAACCUGAAGGACCCUAUGAAGGGACGCGCUCCCGGUGCCGACGAUAAUGGAAGUGGAAGUGUUGUUGUCCUCGAAGCCUUCCGCAAUGUCUUGAAGUCCAAGGCUAUUCAGGCUGCUAACGCUACCAAUACCUUGGAAUUCCACUGGUAUGCCGGUGAGGAGGGUGGUUUGCUCGGUUCCAACAACAUCUUUAAGAAGUACAAGGCCGACGGAAGGAAGGUGAAGGCUAUGCUUAACCAGGAUCUCACUGGAUUUACCAAGAAGGGCAACCCGGAGCAGUUUGGUCUUAUUACUGACAACACCAACGCUGAAUUGAACGAGUUCUGCAAGACCAUUGUUGAGAAAUAUGCUACUAUUAAAAUCAUCGAAGCCAAAUGUGGCUACGCCUGCUCUGACCAUGCUUCCGCCCACCGAAACGGCUUCCCAUCAUCCUUCAUUGCUGAGACUAACUUCCGUAACACCAACCCAUACCUCCACACUGCUGAUGAUGUUAUUGCCAACUUGGACUUCAACCACAUGCUGGAGCAUGCUAAGGUUGUUGUUGGAUUUAUGGGCGAGCUUGCCAUGACCCCCAACUUGUAA